AUGAAUGUAAUCGGGGGAACCUCAGAUGAAAUUGUGAAAGCUCUGAGACCAGGAGAUGACCCUUCUAGCUCUGAUAAAAGAGAUUUAGCCAACGAGAUUAAUAAUGCCUUUUUGGCUCCUAUGGCUAGAUAUGUGCCGUUAUCCUCAGUACCUCGUCAACAUCUCAUCCAACCUGCACAAAGUGAUACAGUAAUUACUGUAACAUCGAAUGCUGUUUUCCAAAACCUUCUCAAACUUAAUCCCAAAAAAGCUCAUGGUCCGGAUGGCAUACCGUCGUGGCUCCUAAAAGAAAACGCAGAUCUAUUAGCUGGUCCGAUAGCGGCCAUCUUGAACUGUUCAUAUCGGGAAUGUACCCUACCGCCAGUUUGGAAGAAGGCGGACGUAGUUCCAAUACCGAAAGAAAAGCCCAUCCAGGAUAUCAAUCGUCAGUUACGCCCUAUUUCACUUACACCUAUUCUAUCGAAACUCGCAGAAGAAUUUGUUGUAAUGAUUUAUGUGAAGCCAGCAGUGAUGGAAUUGGUCGAUAGUAAACAAUUUGGGACGGUGCCGGAUAGUUGUACGACAUAUGCUCUUAUAAGCAUGCUACACACUUGGAAUAAGGAUACGGAUGGUAACGGUUCAACCGUCGAGUUAUGACGUUUGACUUCCGUAAAGCAUUUGAUUUAAUAGACCACAAUAUUUUAUCGGAGAAGUUAACAAAGUAUAACAUACCGAGGUCUGUCAUGCUUUGGAUCUUAGACUUUCUGACUGACCGAGAACACAGGGUAAAACUCAGCCAAGAUUGCCAUUCCGAAUGGGGCAAGGUCCCAGCCGGCGUCCCCCAAGGCACAAAGCUCGGCCCAUGGUUAUUUUGUAUUAUGAUUAAUGAUCUAAGCGUUAAGGACGUUAAUGAUUUAUGGAAAUAUGUUGACGACUCAUCCUUGUCGGAAUCAGUUUGUAGAGAUGGUCCAAGUAACUUACAAAAGUACGUAGAUGAAUUUAACCAGAAAUCAACAGCUAACGGUUUUCAGAUAAACGAAUCAAAAUGCAAAGAGUUGUGUAUAAGCUUUGCACCAAGCAUACGUGAGUUCCAGCCAAUUACUAUUAAUGGGAAAAUUGUCGAACGUGUAACAUCGGUAAAAUUGCUGGGUCUAACCAUCUCAAAUAACUUGAAGUGGAAUAGUCAUAUUUCACACGUUUGUAAAAAGGUCGCACCUCGUCUAUAUUUUUUAAGACAACUAAAACGAGCGAAAUUACCAGCUAACGACCUAAUCAUUUUCUACUCCACCUGUAUUCGACCAGUCAUCGAGUAUGCGUGCCAAGCAUUUCACGACUCAUUACCCAAAUACCUGUCUGAUGAUCUUGAAAGACUUCAGAAACGAGCUUUUCGAAUAAUAUUCCCAGAUCAACACUACAAACAAGCAUUGAGGAACACGAACACCCCAUCACUGUACGAUAGAAGACAGGAAUUAACAACAAAACUUUUUAAGGACGUAGUCAAUAAUCCUGAGCACAAAUUAACGGAUUUGUUACCGCCAUUAAAUAAUGACAAUAGUCAUUUUUUGCGUAAAAAUAGGAAAUUUAACGUGCCACUUCAUAAAACGAACAGAUUUAGGAACAGUUUUAUCACUUAUAACUCUAAUAAGUUUUUUGAAUAACUUAGAAACUGUUUUUUACCGCGAAUAUGCUGGUUUUUAACCUAAUCUAAAUUAGCAUUAGUGAGUGUUUUAGUAACAAAUUAUAAGUCUGCGCAUACAGUAUAUAUCUGUGAAUGUGUAUUUUUAAGUAUUUAGUCUAAUCUUAUUCGUUUUCUUAAACAAAUACAUGUAAAAUUAGUUUUAAUAUCCUUGUAAACCUAACAUAUUUCAGCAGUGGAAUUAGUUAUAUUCUGGAGCUGUAAGUUUUAGCUAGUGUCAAAUAAACUAUCAAACUAAUAACGAAUAACGUAAUAAUAAUACUAUUAUAUUAAGUACCGUUUAUUAUAAUUGCCUGUAUUAAAUUACAUAUCGAGGACAUUGGAAAUAUUAGAACGUGAGAACACGCACAAAAGCAAACUUUUAAAAUUUUCAGUUUCCUCUCAUGCUAACGACUUACUAAGAAUAGGCAUAUAAACAAGUGACCUUAACUCACAAACAUUAUUUCCAUUUUUCUAGUAAAACCACAACUUGCAGUAGUAAAACAGCGUAACCACAUAUACCGAAAAGGAAUGCAACUAAAUUGCUCUGUGGAGAAAGUUAAUCCAAAAAUGACCAGUUUUACCUGGGAAUAUUGUGAUCCAAAACUGUCAACAUGUGAUCCUAAAAAUGAUUCAAAGUGGGAACAAAUCCAUUCUGAUUAUUUGACUACCAAGGUGGUAAACUUAACCUUAUCGCUUCUGCUUGAAGAUCAACCUCAGGAUAAAGUAGUUUAUCGUUGCAAGGCCGAAAACGUCUGGGGAGCUGAUCAAAUUUCUUACAAAGUAUAUAAAGUGCGAGGUAUUUUAUUUAAAUCAUGUACUACUUUUCUUUCCAUGUUCAUUCGUGUGUGCUGUCAACAAUAUAUUUUGGCGGUUCAGUUUUCUAAAUGAUCUUUUAUUUUCUUGAAAUGCUAUUAAAAACGAUAGGUUCUAUAUAUAUUAACUUAAUUCGUCAAAUAUCGUGACCUUGUGCGGUUGUUCAUUUUAUGUGCACAAAGGGCAGAAUACAUCAUUAUGCAUGCAGUUGUCAAAACUUGCUUGUGUCAUAAAGUACAGUUAAUAAAAUCGAUCCCUCAUAUUAAACUUCCGACUCUUAAUUAAAUAGCAUGCACGAUAUAAAUCCCGCAAAACUAAUUUUUAAUUUGAACAAUUUUCAGAAUUGUCUGACCACCUUACAAAAGACAGUUCUUUGAUCUUUAUGAGUACUGUUAUCCCUGUUGGAAUAUUUUCUUUCUCAAUCAUUUUCGUUAUCGCAUUUGUAUCGUGCAAGAGGAUUAAAGUUUAUGGUGGUCUAUACAUAUUCUCACAUCCCCCAAUGCCAGACUACAUUGAUCAACUUGAUUACAAUAAAGACGUUCGCGAACAGAUUCGAAAAUUGCCUUAUGUUCCAGAAUGGGAGUUUCCUAGAGAAAGAGUUUUACUGCGUAAGUGUCUUUCCCCCAUUUUCUAAUUUUAUCUAUAAGUUUGUAUAUUAACUCAAGAUUUUUUCAAUUCACCUAUAAAGAUCUCAUAACAAAUUAACAAUUAAACUAUUUAAGUAAACGUAUGAAGACUAAAAAAAAUACAUAUUAUUCACGUCAUUUCAACAUUUAUAAUGAUCGAAUACAUGCAAUUAAGUAGGUUAUAAUUAUUAUCGCUGUGCAUGUUACUAAAUCGCAUGUGCAAUAAAACAAUAAGAACAUAGAACGAGUAAGAAUUUCCAAAUAGAUUAUAUAUGCAUACAUUCCUUAUCUUAAACGAUUAGUGUCACACCAUGGACGUAGCCUAUACUGCAGGCUUUUGUUAGGCCAAUGAAAAUUGAUAUCAUGUUUCUCGUCCCCGCCCGCAUGGGAUUUAUCUGCCGCACCAAAAUUUUUCAUUAUUCAUUAUUUUUGAAAAAUAGGCUUAACAAAACACCAAUUGAAAUUGAUCUCCAGAUCAAAGUCUUAUUCACUUAUUGCUGCAUUCCGCAAGCGCAACUCAAAUUGUAUCUUUUUAAAGCUAUUACUCGCCAUAUUGGCCAUAAUGCCUCUAUUUUUCAUGUCAGCCCUGGUAUGUAUAGAAAUAUACUGUAGUGUAGGACGUAUUAAAUUAAAAUGAAUUAUACACCGAUUGACUUCAGAUUGUUAUGGGUUGUUUUACUGGAUCAAGGAAACUAUUGACAAGCAGAAUUCAAAUAAAAAAAUAAUGAAAAAUGAAAAAAUUCCGCUCCAAAUUUUUGAAAAUUGUGGACGAGAAACAUGAUAUCAAUUUUCAUUGGCCUUAUUGUUUUUAUUUUACAGAGCUAAAAUCAACAAGUACGUAAUGUUACCUUGUUCGGACCAUUUCCAGGAAGAAUAAAUUACCAAAACAAUUCCUGUUUUAUUACAAUCUCGUUCCCAGAGCAUGCCCUUCGCAGGUUAGGGUUGGGCAUAGCUCUGGAGAAAUCGAAUUGAUUCACGUUGCAUUUCCAACGUGAGUUGUGUACGCAUGCUCAGCAAUUGUUGAAAAAUAUAAACAAAAUAUUUAGAAUUUCUCGUCGGAAAUUUUAUACUUUUUACACUGAAAUCAUUUGAAAACAACUGAAAAUUAUAGGGUAAAUAUGUACCAAAGUUUCGGAUUGAUAGGGAUAUAAAUACCUGAAAAAUACAAGGAGAGCAAAGGCCCUUCUUCGACUUGUACUGUACUUGUUAACUUAACCUUUUCUGUCGGUAUUCAUGCAUGCAGAUCGCCGGAUAAAUAUAAUACUCUCAAGAAAGAGAGAAUGUUUGCUGGGAAGUGUGGACCUGCUGUUGAUUUCUUUAAAACUGGACAAAAGGUUUAAAUUUUAAAUUUCCUCGACAUUGGAUUAUUGACGUCGCUUUCAUAUAUAUAUAUAUAUAUAUAUAUAUAUAUAUAUAUAUAUAUAUAUAUAUAUAUAUAUAUAUAUAUAUAUAUAUAUAUAUAUAUAUAUAUAUAUAUAUAUAUAUUUAAAAAACUCAUUAAUAAUUCAGGAGCAAAGCACAAAGAAAAAUCAUAAGCGUAUCGUGGUUUUAUAUGUGAUAAAAAAUCACGUUAAUUUACAUAAACUUUAGCUUUGAUUUUCUCGGUUUAGACAAAGUUUAUUUUAAAAAUUUCUUCGCCAAUGAACUCGUAUAAGAUGAGUCGUUUUUUAAGCUAUUUAAAGCACUUGUUGUCGUGUUUUAUCACAUAUAAAACACUCCGCUACGCGUCGUGUUUUAUAAUGUGAUAAAACACUCCUACGCGUGCUUUAAAUAGUACAUAUAUAUAUAUAUAUAUAUAUAUUUAUAUAUAUAUUUAUAUAUAUAUAUAUAUAUAUAUAUAUAUAUAUAUAUAUAUAUAUAUUAUAUAGAUUUUAUACAUAUGAAUGUUGUGGUCUCCAGCUGCAUGGUAUUUGAGCCCGCAAUACUAUGACGUGACACUAAACCUUUAAUUCUUUUAAUAUUUAUUGUAUCUUUGUUUCAUUUUUACAGAUUCUGAACUUGGAAAAGGAGAAUUUGGUAGUGUAUGGCUUGCUCAUGCCAGCGGAAUCGCGGAAUUUCGCCCACGAGAUAUUUUAAAGCAGAAAUUUAUCCGUACCCGUUUAUCAGUUUUGAUUCGCACGUUGAGAAGUCGAAAUAACAACUACGUUGGGGGAAAGGAAGUCACCGCAGUUGCUGUAAAGAAACUAAAAG